CGAGGCCCACCCAGGGCCUGCUUUAAAUCUGCUCAGAGGGGCCACUGAGCAAGAACUUGCCUGGCCUACAACUGCUGCUCAUUCCUGCUCCCACGAGAGCGAAGGGAGAAAAGGACACUGGCAAGAUGACAAGACACAGCAUCCCAAUCACAGGACUCAAGCUCCAGUGAAUUUUCAGAGAGUGACCACCUCGGGCAACUGACUGUGCCCGCUAGACGUGUCCUCACUCAAUCCAGGAACACUGGCCAUAGCUGGUUCUCUCCAGAAAAGCCCGUUGACCUUAGCCUCUUAGGACUCGAGCACAACUGGCCAGUCACUACCUUCUCGCUAGCACCUCAUUCCCAUUUCUGGAUGCGUGGACUGCUUCACAUCUAACCAGCCACAUUCUGCCUUCGUUUGGCUCAUAGACACCUUCAUACUCAUGCUGAGUCUUCUCCAAAGGGGUCUUCCCAGGUCACUGUGACUACCCCAGCAGUACCAAAGGUCUGACUCCUCACCUCAUAACCUUGGAGCCUGCAGCAACCCUAUCUUUUUACCAGCCACCUUUGAAUACCUCGACUGGACAGAUUUUAGGACUCAAGAAUCCACGGGACCAACGUCUCCGCACUGCACACUACUGCUGGCCACUCCCAAAGGACCAUGAGACGCCUUUGGGUCCUCUGUUUUGUCCUUUUCCCCUCCUCCUUGUCCUAUCCUGAAAGCUGGGUGCCCCUUAUAAACCUCACUCACCACAUCCUACGUGAUGCCAACUCUUCCCUGUUUUCGGACUGCUGGGUCUGCUUGUCUACCCAAACCCAACGGUCCCUAGCAGUCCCAGCCCCUCUGUCCAUUUGGACAGACACACCCAUGAAGCUUCACCUUACCUACUCAGUCAAGCCCUUCCCUGGCUCCUUUCCCAUUAGCGACAUCGAAAGACGCCUCCGUCUCUUCCACCCACUGACUGCCUCCUAUUCUUUCCACAAUCCUGACAGAAGGGCGAUUGCUUUUCUUCAACUCGUCAGCUCAACAGGCAUAUUUCGGAUCAUCACCCGGAUAACCUCUGUGAUAUAUCCCGAUAAGGAUCGUUUCUUCGAAUCUGCCCAACGCCCUCUCUGGGGACCACUCUUUACUGAGACCAUCCUCAGGUCGCAGGCCCCACUCUGCAUAUCCCGCUUCUUCAAGGUCUCAGCGUAUGCCACUUUUGUAGGCAACCUCUCUGCCUCUCUCUGCAACUACACCCUUCGUAUUUCACCUUCUACCAGUCAUGAAAACCUAGAUCUUUCUACCACCCAUCCAUUCAAACAGGCAAUGAGAAGACCCGAUGCCAAAUGGAAAAACCCGCUCCGUUUUUCCGGGCCCCCGUCCCUAACUUUCUCGAAGCCGUCUUACUAUCCCUGCCCAACAGACAUCAAACACUGCCAUACCUCUCCGGCCACUCCCUGGAUGCGCUGUCCUCAGGCUCCAUCCGGCACCUGCUAUAACCUUUCCUUAUUCGAAUCAGACAACUCAACCCACCCCGUUACCAUGUCAGUGGACCCUACUCACUUCAAGGUCAAACUCCAGGGGCACAGAGACCCCUAUCCGCUCUUCCAUUACCAGCCCCUCACAGGAGCAGCCCUGUCUGGACAAUAUUCAGUCUGGGAGAAUGAGAUCACUAUCCAAGAAAACUGGGACGUCACCUCCAACAUCUUCUCACACCUUCUCAGCUUCUCGUAUGCCUUCUGCCUCAACUCUUCAGGAGUUUUCUUCCUCUGCGGAACAUCGACUUACGUCUGCCUCCCAGCCAACUGGUCCGGUAUCUGUACCCUUGUCUUCCAAUACCCGGAUAUUGAACUCCUUCCCAAUAACCAAACGGUGCCUGUCCCCCUAUUUGCUUCAGUUCUUUCCUCGGCCUCAGCUCUUCGCCUAAAGAGGUCCCCUCACCUCCUCCCCUUUCUUGCAGGCCUGGGUAUCUCUUCUGCCCUUGGUACGGGUAUAGCUGGCUUGGCCACCUCAACUCUCUAUUUCCAACGGCUUUCUAAGGCUCUGUCAGAAACCUUGGAAGAAAUAGCUGCAUCUAUCACUACCCUCCAGAACCAAAUUGACUCACUUGCCGGUGUUGUUCUACAAAACCGCCGAGCUCUGGAUCUCAUCACCGCAGAGAAAGGGGGCACCUGUCUCUUCCUCCAGGAGGAGUGCUGCUUCUAUGUAAACCAGUCUGGAAUAGUCCGGGACGCAGCAAGGAAACUCCGAGAACGAGCGUCUGAACUCAGACAGCAUUCUGACUCUUGGGGACAGUGGCCUGACCCUGGAAGCUGGCUGCCCUGGCUGACUCCCUUUCUGGGACCUCUUCUCUUCAUUUUCUUCCUACUGACAUUUGGGUCUUGUCUUCUCAACUGCCUAACCCGUUUUGUGUCCCAGAGACUUGGCUCCUUUGUCCAGGACACUGCCAAAAGGCAUGUGGACAGCAUCCUCCAAAAUUGCCAAUAUAAAAAACUGCCCCAAGACUCCCCAGAUGAGGACACCAUUCCUACAUAG